AUGAUUACUAAAAAUGAUCAACGUCGUCAAACUAGAAUAAAACGGUGGUUAGAAAAUGAUGUCACAAUAUUGCAAUUUAUGCAAAAACAUGCUUGUUUAAUUGCUGAUUUUUAUUUAACAAAAAUGGAAUUAGAUCUAUAUCAAAUGUAUAUGAAUAUGACAGAAUCGACAUUGCUCUUGUUAUCACAAAUGUCUCAAACGAUGAUAAAAUCCUAUAGUAUUGAUCCGAAAUAUCUUCAAACUGAUACUUAUAUUAAACAACAAAUAAAGAUUCUCGAAACACAAAAUAAUAAGGUACAGAAGAAUCUGAUCGACUAUUUACAGCAUCAAGAACAACAUCAAGUAUCAACAUUAUCAAAAAUGGAUAUGAUUCUUCUAAGAGCCUUUAUUUUUACAUUUGUUCAACAAGAUCAACAGCAAUAUUUACAUGCUGAUAUGCAAAAGAAAAAAAUCUCUUAUUUAUUUAUGCCAAUGAUGUUCGCUUAG